AUGAGGGGAUAUGAAAUUUUCUUGGCUGAAACUGAAAAUUCAGCCAAGGCAAAGUUACGAAAAUCUUGGAAAGGCGACAUGAGCGCGUCCAAGUUUACAGACUCCUUAUGGAAGGAGUUCAGCAAGUCCGGCGCUGAAAAGAGAGCGGACACCCUGAAAAACGCCCCAACGUCCAAAGCGUUGGCGGAAAAGGCGACCUCAAAGAAGAGGUCGGCCCCAAUUGGCGAGGUACCUCCUCCUAAAAAAUCAAAAGGCUUCACAGCCAAGAAGAAGAAACCUGCCCGGCCUCCACCAAAGGUGGUGAUCAAUAUCCCGGCCGAGGAUGCUUCUCCGGCCGCUGAGGCCACUGAGGAGAGGAGCCUGAUCCCCUACUCUGCAGCCGAGCAGACUGAGCAACCAGAGGCCCUUGCUCAACUGGAAGUUUUCGAGCUGAAACCGGACACUUCUGUGGACGGGUCAACUUUUUCCGAGCCGGUUGCCAAGUUGGUAAAACAAAUGCCGGAAGCUUAUAAGACGGCUUCCCUUUCUUCUGAUAAGGGAAAGGGCAAAGCUGAGCAGGCUCUAGCCGGCUCUCCCGUCCUCUCUGAUGACGAAGCUUCGGCCGCCUUUACGAGGAUGAGCCCGGCCAAAAGGGAGAAGCUCAAGCUGGAGCUCUUCAAAUGCUUCCCUGAGCCUUACAUAAAGGGUUUAAGGGGAGCCUCUUCAGGGCAUGUUGGCUACAUGUCUCAGCUGGCUGCAGAGCUCUUUGCUCGCAGCAUGAUAACGGAAGAUUGGGCGAAGGAGCUCAGAAAAGAAAACAAAAAGCUCGUCCAAGAUGUGACGGCGGCCGCUGACCAUGCUCAGUUUGUUAUUUCCGAGCAAGAGGUGUUGCAUCAGCAAACCAAGAUUGCUUUGGAAAAACGAUCGGCCGAGCUGGAAUCUCAGAUCAAAGUCUAUCUCCUUCGGCUGACGGAGAUGCUAGACGAAUGGGCAUCUUUGGAACGUGCCCUGACGGACGAGAGGAACUCAAUCAUGACCAUGGCUGCAGAUUUUUACAAGGAGAACCUCGUCCUGAAGGUAAAGAACCAAGCCCUUCGCGCUGAGGUUGCGGACACCGUUGCUGCUGCUAAGGAGGCUAUGAACACCGUCAUAGAUACCUCAAAAGAAUGGGCGGUGCAGGCCUUUGGUAUGCUGGCCGAGGAGGAGGAUAUCCCCAGAUAUGCUCGUCGGCUGGAGUUCCAAGAAGCCUUGCACAAGGCCACCAUAUCUGGAGCAGACCUUCCCGUCUUUGAAGAAUCUUCUGAGGACGAAGAAGGAGAAGACGAUAUGGAGGCUCAGGACGAAGAGGACAAUGAUCCUCCUGCCGCCUAGUCUUUUGUUGUAUCUUGGCCGUGGGCCACUUGUACCUUUUUUCUUUCUUUCUUGUACUUAGAUGAAUUAGGUUGUAAUCAUCUUUUUUACAUUUAUG